AUGAAGGUCGCCGCUGCUGGAGUUUUGAUCGCUUUCGCUGCUACUUGUGUUUCAGCUCAAGAUGCUAACAGCACUGUUCCAUCCUCUUCAUCUGCCGCUGCUCCUGCUGCUACUACUACUACUGCCAGUGAGGCCGCUGCCCCAUCAACUGUAUCGGCAUGUGCUGUUCAAAGCACAUUCGAAUUAUGUUUGCAAAAUGAAGACAACUAUAUCAAAAUCUGUCAAGAGCAAGAUUAUGCUUGCUUGUGUAGAUGGAAUAAGGAGAAAUUAACCUGUUGGAACAACUGUCCUAAUGAUGAAGGUUUAGCUAGACAAGAAGGCAUCGUUUCCAGCUUCUGUUCCAUGCCUGGUGCCAAUGUAUCCAUUGCUCCAUGGACCAGCUCUAUCGCCUCUACCUCUACUCCAAUUGUUGCUACCAGUGUUGUUGCAACCUCUGCCUCUGCUGUGCCCACUACUACUGCAAAUCAGCCUUCAAGUGCCUCCAUCUUGACUAUGAGCCAAGGAGCUCUUACACUUGCUGGCGUUGUUGCCGCUUAUAUGCUCUUUUGA